AUGGUUCUUGUUCCCGAAGCAAAUUUGAAGUCUCUCACUGUAGUAAGUAACAAUCAACUUAGUGGUUCUAUUCCUUUAUCUCUAGCAAACCUGAGUAACCUACAGCUUCUGUACCUAGAUGUGAAUAAAUUAUCUGGUCCAAUUCCUACUGGACUUGGGAAUUUGAACUCUCUUACUGAUCUUGACGCUAGCCAGAAUAAGGUGCUACAUGCACUUGCAAAACGUCUCCCAGCCAAAAGGGAAAAGUGUUCAAAAAGUACUUUUAUAGAAAAACAAACGAGGCCUAAGCUUAGUGGCAGCAUACCAUCAGAGUUAAAAAAUUCAACUCAAUUAAGGAGGCUUGAUCUUUCUUCCAAUCAGUUGGUAGGUGAAAUCCCUGUGGAAUAUGGGAAGAUGAAAAGUAUGCUGAAUUUGUACUUGUCUAAUAACCAACUUUCAGGCACUAUACCUCUGGAGCUUGCAUCAUUCCAUGAACUCCUUGUACUAGAUCUAUCAACAAACAGAUUGAAUGGGUUGAUACCCAGAAGUAUUGGUCAAUGGGCACAAAUCAAUUACCUGAAUCUUAGUAAUAAGAAGCUCAGUGGAAAAAUCCUGUCCGAGAUUGGUAAAUUAGUUCAUCUUGAGAAACUUGAUUUAUCUCGGAAUUUGUUCACAAAAGAGAUACCAUCUGAAGUUCAAACUUUACAAACUUAG